GAAAAAAGUUGUGUCCCCUGGACAAAAGCUCAAAACUACUUAAAUUCGGCUUGUAGCUCAAUCCUUCUGCAGUCUUCUUGGUACAACUGCACACACAGAAACACCUUAUUUCAUCUCUCUCUUCACUUUUCUAAUUUUUCUUCUCUCUCUAAGAAAACAAAAGAAAUAAGAAUAAGAAAAGAGAGAUAAAAAGAAAAGCAAGAUUGGUUCUUCUUCUUCCUCUUCUCAACAUUUUAUCUUCUGGUAAUUGUUCACACAAACAGGAAAACACUUUUUGUCACAAAAAAAACAACUUGGGAGAUUUUCAUUUUCUUUCACCAGAAACUUGUUUUUUUUUUUUUUUCUUCUUCACCUAUUCACAUUGAAGAUGAGAGAUUUGGUGUCAUGUUUCAGCGAAAACUCAAUAAACGUGACACAUCCAUUAUCAUCAUCAUCAUCAUCAUCAUGUUCAAACUACAAGACCAGUAACGCUUGUAUCUCCCCAUCUCUCAUACCAUCCAUCCAAACCUCCAUCACAAGCAUCUACAGAAUCAGUUUACCAUCCAACAAACAUCUCAUCAUCAAAGUCACAUGGUGCAACAAGAUCAACCCCUCGCACGGUCUCAGCAUCUCAGUUUCCUCCGCGGAUCAAAACCCUUCCACGUCUCUCAGACUCAACACCUCUUCUCGCUUCUUCCGUAAGAAGAAAGGAAACAAAUCCGUCGACUCUGAUCUCGGUAAAAUCGAGGUCUUAUGGGAUCUCUCUUCAGCUAAAAACAUGACUGGCCCUGAACCGGUUCAAGGCUUCUACGUCAUCGUCCUCGUCGAUGCUCAGCUAGGUCUCCUUCUCGGUGACUCUUCCGAAGAAACUCUCAGGAAAAAGGGUUUGGCUUACGAUGACUUAGACUCGGGUAAGUCUCUGAUCUCUCGACAAGAAUACUUCUCCGGGAACACUUUUUACUCGACCAAAGCUAAGUUCGUUGAAUCGGGAGACUCCCACGAGAUCGUCAUCAGAUGUAGCGCGGAGAGAACAGAGGGUUUAAAACAGAGCAGUACUCAUCAUAGUCAUCAUCAGUCCCCUGUUCUCUCUGUUUGUAUCGAUAAGAAGACGGUUACGAAAGUGAAGAGGCUCCAGUGGAACUUCAGAGGGAACCAGACGAUUUUCGUUGAUGGGUUGCUUGUGGAUCUCAUGUGGGAUGUUCAUGAUUGGUUCUUUAGUAGUCCGGAAGGUUGUGGAAAAGCUGUGUUCAUGUUUAGGACAAGGAAUGGUUUAGACAGUAGCAGGCUUUGGUUAGAAGAGAAGAUGGUCCAGAAAGAUGCACAAGACAAGCUUGAUUUCUCUCUCCUCAUUUACGCCUGUAAGACUUAAAAAAAAUAAUUACUAAAUUCUUUUUUCUUUUUUUUUGAGAUUUGCAAGAAAAGGUUUUAUUGGUUCUGUUUUUCUUUCAAUAUUUGAGAGAUUUUAUGGUUUUUUUUUUCAUUUACAUUUUAUUCUUGAAAGGAGUAUAGAUUUUUCUUACAUUAUUCUUUUCUUGGAGUUGUGAUUUCAUAUUUGAGAGAUUCCACAAUGGGAAUCUCUUCUUAUAGUAACAUUGAUAUGGUAUCAUUCUAAAUAUCAAAUUAUUUUCUUCU